AUGCCUUUACGAAACACCCAUCAUAUCGAGUUGUCGACGUAUAAUCGCGAUCAAACCUUCGACCCAGACUCGCUCGAUGACCAGCCUUUGCCGACUCAGAGUCUCUCUAACAAGGCGCAGCUGCAACCCAACUACCGGGACAAUGGGAAGUGGUUUGAUGCUCCAACCAACGAUGAGAGUAGAACAGAACAUCGGCGAUUGCUGUCAAAUGGUUUCGGGAGCCUGCAGAAAAGCUCGUGGUUUGGAUUGUCGACCAAGACGAUGCACCGACUGUCCCACUUCCUGCACGUUUUCCUCGCACUCCUCCAUUUCGUCCUCCUCGGCAUCUUUGCACGUCAUCUAGAGCAUAGGACGAUACUCCCGAUAACGGACUCCAACGACAUGCUCACGACGGUGCUAAGCGCGUCUUUGCAAGCGUUCUACACGAUCUACACCGCCAUCCUGGUCACCAUAACCCAGCGCCUCGGCGUCCUGCGCAGCCUCGAGCGCAAGCAGAAGCUCACGGCGCUACACGACUCCUCGAAUGCCUGGACGGGCAUCGGGUCUUCCCUCCUCGGGCUAUGGCACCAGGCUCGCCUGCCCGCGUCCGCGGCGGGGACGACGUUCGCCAUAUGCAUCACACUCUACCUCGGGUGCGUGAUGGUGCUGCAUGUGGCGUCGUCAACGGUCAUGCAACUGCAGACGUUCAACAACACGAUCGUGGGGCCCGUCGCGACGAGUGUGGCGUGGCCGAACGCGAGCGUGGAUCUGCUGCAAGGGGGAGGGAUGGACUGGACGAAUGUGGAUUACUCGUGGGCCGCUGUGAGGACGAUGUCGUUCAAUAUGGACGGACUGGCUGGGUCGACGGUGUAUGACACGGUUCCGGAUGAUGCGGGUGUGGGGAGUGCGACGGUCGAUGCGACGACGGUUGGGUUCCGGUGCGGGCUUAUCCCGAACUCGAACCUGUCGACGACAGCGAAUGGGAUCAAGUACCUAAUUGACCCUGACCUUAGCAAUGUGCCGUUCCAAGCAUCUGCGUUGUAUCCGGACCAGGUCCACUUCCUCGACACGAUCUCAGGAAUGGUCUCCAGCUGCCAAGAUGGAUGCGUCAACGUGUCUUCUGCGCCUCCAGUAUGGCCAGGAGUUUACAACGUCUUCAUGAUCAGCUCCAAGCUCGCAUCGCUCGCCGAUGACAGUGCGUUCGUGAACCACAUGAAUUGGAUGUACCAAGAACGCGUUGGGUCCCCCGCGAACGCGUCAAUUGCAACGUACUUUGUAGGGUGCUCAAUGUACCUCAACAGCUCUAAAGCCGAUAUCUCGGCGCAUGAUAACAAUCUUCAGUCGACACCCCCGACGUCGUAUACCAACCAGUGGCAGGACAUCGCAACGUUGCCCUCGGCGAAUAUCUCAUCGGGCUGGGUCUUUAAUGCGCUCCGCAACUCGCCUUCCUCGACCCUGACCACCCAGCAACUGAACUUUGGGUCCCAGAACUCAGACGAGACGAGCUACACCCUCUCGCUACUAGAUCUAAACCUGAUGAAGCAGUUAGGCGUGACUGCCCAGUCAACCACAGGACAGGAGAAGCCGCCCGAUCCGUCGUUUGAGCUCAGUCCUCGCCAGCUAGAGAGCGCGCUAUCAAACUUGGCUGCUGGGCUGAUGUGGACUGCGGGACAGGUCAAUGAAGGCGGGUUUCAGCGGGCCGUCGGCGAAACGCUGGUCACUCAGCAGGUGCUGAUGUGGCGACUCAACAUCAACCUCGCACCACUCCUAUUUGCUCUGUUCGCCUCCCUCAUUAUGCUCGGCGUUGAGAUCUUCAUCACAGGGUUCAGCACUCCAACUUCGGCCGUCGACUCGACGGGCAUACUCGAGAUACUCUGGCUGUCAGAUCGGCUGCCUCCGCUGCGGGAAGGCGUGCGUAACGUCAGCGAGCCGACGACGGAUAAUCUCCGCGCUGCUGGUAUGGUUGACGUUUGUAUAGCAGAUGAGAUUCGCAAAGAGGAAAGCGAGCUCAGGAGGAGAGUAUGA